AUGCUGGAGUAUAUAUGGGACAGUGGUGGCCAUCAGCUGGCACACUCUCAGUCGCUCCGACUCGGGAACCAGAGCAUCAGCGGAGAUAGCAAGGCUUUACUUCGCCCUCUCAGGCUAACUCGCUUUGGGCUUUGGUUCAGGAUGGACAACUCUUCUAUUUCUCGGAGCCGACGAAGCUCCAUCAUGCGCAACUGCAAAAACGGUCUCUCCCUCUGGCUGGUGGUCUGGCUGGUCCUCGGCAAGCCAAAUCCGGCGUCGGCGUGUCCGCACCACUGCGUGUGCUACCCGACGCCCAUGACUGUGAGCUGCCAGGCGCAGAACUUCACCGCCGUCCCCGUGGGAGUGCCGUACGAGUCCCAGCGCGUGUUCCUCCAGAACAACCGGAUUACGGAGCUCAGAGUUGGCUCUUUUGGUUUCGGAACUCAGGUUCUGUGGCUGUUCUCCAACAACAUCACAUGGAUUGAGGCAGGUGCUUUCAGUGAGCUGAGGGACUUGGAGGAGUUGGAUCUGGGAGACAACCCCGGCCUUCACAGGCUUGAGGGGGGAGCUUUCCGCGGCCUUGAGAAGCUCCAGAGCCUCCACAUGCACCGCUGCCGGCUCACUGCCCUGCCCCAUGACAUCUUCCACAAGCUUUACAGCCUACAGUUUCUCUACCUGCAGGAGAACAACCUUCACUUCCUGCAAGAUGACAUCUUUUCUGACCUCAUCAACCUUAGUCAGCUGUUUCUCCAUGGCAACCGGAUCCGCACCCUCUCAGAGAACGUGUUCCGUGGCUUGGUCAACCUCGACCGGCUUCUGCUCCAUGAUAACCGCAUCCGUCAGGUGAACCGUCGCGCUUUCCGCGAUCUGGGCCGCUUGACGAUGCUUUUCCUCUUCAACAACUCCCUGGCCGAGCUGCCGAGCCAGACCCUGAGGGACACCCAGGGCAUCGAGUUCCUUCGCCUCAAUGCCAACCCCUGGUCCUGUGGCUGUGAAGCCCGUGCCCUGUGGGAGUGGUUCCGUGAGGCUCCCGUCUCAUCAUCCGAGGUGAUUUGUGCCUCUCCUUCCACCCGCCGUGGCCAGGAUCUCCGCUUCCUUCGAGAGAUGGACUUCGCCCUCUGCCCCCUGCCUGACCCUGGCUCCAUUGCUGGCUCCACCACCACCACCUUCAGCACCAAAACCCGCUGGUGGUUCCACAAAAACAAGCCCCAGUCCUCCACAAAAGGCAUCUUUGAGAAGUCCUCAGAGACUGUCAAGGCUGGCUUGUAUGGAAAAGGUCCUUCCACAACCACCUCAGUGGUCAAGUAUGAAUUGGCGGAUGAAGAGCUGGCUUUACCCAAACUUGACCCAGAAGAGUACUGGGCAAACUAUGGCAAUGAAGACUCAGGUGUCACAGUGCGGUGCUUUGAGCUUGAAUGUCCACCUGAGUUUGAUUUGCCUCCAUCUUCCUCUCCUCCCAGAUCAUCUUCACCCUCUUUACUCUCUCUACUAGCCCUCUCUGUCUUCACCAUCUGCCUCCACCUACUAUUUGGCUGAAUUGAACUCUUAGUGCCACACCCCUUCCCUUCCAGCCUGUUUUAGAGGCUGAAGGAACCCUGUUAGACUCUUUAUACCCCCUUUGCCCAGUCUGCUGUCAGGUAUUCCUCAAGGAACAGCAUGGGAGAUUGGGGGAAUGGCUAGAUUCUGAAUCUACCAACUAUAGGGCUUAACACUUAUUCAGGGCUGCUAAGAGUUCUUCAUCUACAAUCAUCUACAAUGAUCAACAGGUAUGGCUUUCUGUGCCUUACCUGCAUUACGACUCCCUGCGAGCAGGACUACGAGGGCUGAGUCCAUCACCAGUAAGAAGGCAAUUUGAUAGCAGUUGUGUACAAUGUUGUCAAUUCUGUCACCUCAACUUUAGUCAAUACUACUAGUGCUAUUAGUGCAUCCAGUUAUCUGGCUGCUAUGAAUGCUACGAUUACUGUUAAAAACAGUGUACAGUAAUUACACUACUGUAACCACUUAAAGUGUCAUGUAAAUAGGUUUGUGUUUUGUGAGUGUUCAGGCUGACUUUGUGAUCCAGCACAAUCACGUUUCAUUUGGAUCCAGGAAAACUGUGAAGGCUUGUGCCUCUACUUGACAGAGCACCAUGCACAGUGAAGCAGGGAAGAGAUAGGAGCACAAAAAUACUGUGAAGACAAAGACGAUAGAGGGGAAUUCAAGAUGACAGGGACAGCAAAUGGGAAAUAGGGAGAGUGUUUGAGCAGCAAUAAGAGUGGAAGAAGGUCAGUGCUGGCAGUAGAAGCAGCAACCUGCAGGAGAUAAGUAAUAAAUCUGGUUCAUUUGUAGUCCUCCAUUCGCCACCCUCUGUAAAUAUGGUGUUGUUUAGCGACAACCACAUGGAGAGAAUGCUUUCUUUCAGAAAGCUGGAGAUUUUUGAUUUUGGAUGUCUUUCUGUGACAUAUUGAUAUAAUGUGUGAUGAUUGUUGACUUGAAUGCCAAUGAAUGAUCUUGAUAUAAAAGAUAUACUGAAUA